AAAUCAAAAUGGCGUCUUUCAUGGGAUAGUGCAUAUAUCCGCCGCACAUAUUCGAGACUUGUAAUAAUAAUCGUGAUAACGACAUUAUAUCAGUGAUAUAAACUGUUUGUGGACUUUUACUUAGUGCUAAAGUGUUUAUAUUUGUUCAAGAAAGUUAUUAAAGUGACAUCGUCGCUGAACACAAGUUUCCGCUAAGGUGAAUGGGAGGCAGCGCAGGAUGACAUCUGGCGGCUGAGGCGCCGCGCGCCGCCGACACGCGCACAACAACACCAUGUCGUUUUUUAACAAUCUCAAAAAGGUGCUGCACCUCGGUAGCGGAAAUGACGCGAAAAAGAAGAAGGUGUUCAGCAACAUCCGCGACAACAGCGAUCCCAACGAGCACUGGGACAUGAUAGGAGAACUCGGCGAUGGCGCAUUCGGAAAGGUGUAUAAAGCCCAGCACAAGAGCACUGGUCAGCUCGCCGCUGCCAAGAUGUGUGUGCUUGACAACGAAGAUGACCUGGCAGACUUCACCGUGGAGAUUGACAUCCUCAGCGAAUGUCGACAUCCGAAUGUUGUUGAGUUACAUGAGGCCUAUUUUAUUGAUAACAAGUUAUGGAUGUUGCUAGAAUACUGCGACGGUGGCGCCCUAGAUUCAGUGAUGGCGGAACUGGAGAAGGGUCUGAACGAGGCGCAGAUAGCGUAUGUGUGCCGCGAGAUGUGCCGCGGUCUUCAGUUCCUGCACUCGAGACGUGUUAUACAUAGAGAUUUGAAGGCGGGCAAUGUUCUCGCUACUAUGACGGGCGGUGUUAAAUUAGCUGACUUCGGUGUGUCGGCAAAGAACAAGUCGACACUGCAGAAGCACGAUACGUUCAUUGGGACACCGUACUGGAUGGCACCUGAAGUGGUACUCUGCGAGACCUUCAGAGAUCAUCCUUAUGACUUCAAGGUGGACAUCUGGUCGUUGGGCAUAACGCUGAUAGAGUUUGCUCAGAUGGAGCCACCGAACCAUGAGAUGACACCCAUGAGAGUUCUACUCAAGAUACAGAAGAGUGACCCUCCAGCGCUCGAUCAGCCCUCGCGCUGGUCUAAACCCUUCAAUGACUUCAUCGCUAAGGCUCUAGUCAAGGACCCAGAAAAAAGGCCUACAUCCAGCGAACUACUGAAGCACGAGUUCGUCAGCGGCGAACUGGACUCUAAACCUCUGAGGGACCUGCUGCUGGAGUACAGAGCUGAAGUAGUCGAGGAGGAGCUGCUGGAUGAUGAUUCUGAGGAGCACCGCAGCUCCCAGAUGCACAUGGAGAUAGAAGAUGACUCGACGUCUGUACGGUCGGGCGAGACGCCGGACAUCAAGAUGUCGGAGGAGACAUCGGCGGGUACUCCGUCACCGCCUGGUGCUUCGCGUGCCUCCCGCCCCGCCACCCCGCAGCCCGCGGCCACGCCCCCCGCCCCGCCCACUGCCGCCGCCGUCACCGCCCCCGCCCCCGCCCCCGCGCCCGCCCCCAAGCGCCCGCACGACGACGACCACCAGCACGCUGACAGGAAAGCACCAGCCCCCAAAAAGGAGAAAGGCCCAGCGCCGCCGCCCCCCGCGUCGCCGCCAACACAACCUGCCUUACCCCCUACGCCCCCUGCGCCCCCUACGCCCGUCACACCCGUUGCUCCUGUCACCCCCAUUUCCACACCCAGCACGCCGACAGCAACAACCCCAACGACGCAACCUUCGUUACCAUCAGCGCAAGCUUCACCCACGUCGCCUACGUCACCGGCCACGCCCACAUCUACAGACAGCCCCGCCCCCCGCACGCCCAAGAAGCAGCCCGCCCCGCCCCCGCCCGCAGCCGCCCUCGCUGGAAGACAUAUUGUAGAUCAGGUAUGCAGAGAAGCUGAAAAAGUGGUUGAACAAAAAACCGAUAAAACAUCAGAGAAAUUACACAUCAGCGAUAUAAAACCAAAGCAAGAUAAUAGACUGAAUAAAUCAACAGAAGAGAAGAUAAAUACAGAAGUGAGAGUGACAGAGAGAGAUAAAGAACGAUCUAAAUCAACUUCCACAGACUUAGAUAGAGUAGUAGAGACGAGUAGAGUUACCGCAGAAGUUAAUAGGAUAGAAAGAGAGAACAGAUCGAGGUCUGUGGAUGAUAAGGACAGAGUUAGUAUAGAAGUGAUAAGAGCUGGACGAUUGGAGAAGAAGGAAUAUUCUAGGUCUAGUUCUGUGGAAGAAGAUAGAGUGCAAAAUGCUGUCGAAAUAAGGCCAGUCACUCCACCAUCAUCCCGGUCCAGUGACAUCAGGGCAGCAGUAGCAGCGGUGACAGUGGUGGCUGUCAGCGCUGAGCCCAACUCCCUGGCUGCAUCACCAGCAGGACUGGUCACCGUCACCACAACACAUCCACCUGUGUUGAAUACUUUGACGCUGCCUCCCAACGCAGUAACAAUAUCAACUACACCACCGAUAGCUGAUGAAGUUGUGAUAGUGGGAGCUGGUUCAUCAUCAGAUGAUGAUUGCUUCGCACCCUCAUCACUGGACUCACUCGACUGUGCCAAUUCUUGUAGUGAGAAGAGUCGUGGUCGUCGUCUGGACAGCAGCGAGGUGCUGAUCCUGAGCCCCGGAGCUGCAGCUGACUCGGGAGUCUUUGAUGACAGUGUUGCCAACGGACUCAAUCUGGAUACAUCUCACGUGUCUGUGGUGACUGUGGGCGCGGAGGAGGUGCGCGUGCGCGACUCCGCAGCUACACACAUUGCGCUCGCGCCCACGCGCCUUUCUCCUGACAGCUUUGACAGCAGAAGAUCACAAUCUGACAGCGGAUCUGUUGCGUCGGCGUCUUCACGUCGCGGUGCUGACGCUGACUCGUUGGCUACAACCACCUCGCAUGACUCCGCACCUCACACAUUGCCAUCUGACACACAAUUAAAUGGCGGCACAAGAGUGAACACAGACAAUCAAGAUCUAGAUAACGGUGAGCAGGUUGUAUUGAGGCGGAAUAGACAGGACCCGUCUAAUCGUAUUCAAAGAUCUAAAGAAGACAUACAUAUAGCAAAUUUGAAGAAGAAAACUCGCAAGAGAACGAGAAAGUUUGAAAUAGACGGUGUCAUUGUUACCACCACUACAUCUAAGGUGAUAUGGGGUGACGAGGAGAGCGGGCGCACUUGGGACGACCACGCGCUGCGCAAACAGGAGCUGCGAGAGAUCAAAAUGCUGCAGAAACAGGAACAGAAGCAGUUCCAGGACCUCAACGCCAAGGAGCACCAGCUCAGGGAGCAGCAGGAUAAGAGAUUCGAAGCAGAACUAGGCAGUCUAGCUCGAGCUCAUGAAGCAGAACUAGAAGCACUAGCGCGCAGUCAACGUGCUGCCGCUGAGCGCGCUGAGCAGCAAUUGGAAGCAGAACUGCGCCAGCAGGCGAAGCGACUGCGCGCUGAGCACGAGAGAGAUCUGCGCCACUUUAGAGAUACGUUGAAACAGGAGCUCAGGCUUUUGAAGCAGGAGGUGGAGUUAGUUGCUAAGGAGAGGAGAAAGGAGGCAUACAGACAGAGACGAGCCCGGCUAGACGCGGAGCAUGCGGAGCGAGAACGCGCCUUUGUCGCGGCGCUCGCUGACUCCGCGGACGGUGUACUGCGUCGUGUUCACGAACACCACAGGGAGAGGCAGGCGCUCGCUGACAGGCAAUAUCUGCAGCAGCGGCAACAGAUAAUGCGUACCAGAGAAGCAGCACUUUGGGAGUUGGAAGAGAAGCAGAUCCACGAAAGACAUCAGUUGGCAAAGAGACAACUCAAAGAUGAAUUUCUGCUGCGACGACAUCAGAUGCUGGUCAGACAUGAUAAGGAGCUGGAGCAGAUUAAGAGAAAGAAUACCCGUAAAGAGGAGGAGCUGAGCAAAUGCCAGGCUUUGGAGAAGCGUUCAUUACCAAAACGUAUCCGCGCUGAGCAGAAAGCGCGAGAGAUGAUGUUCAGGGAGUCGUUGCGUAUCGCCGGCACUGCUCACGAUGACGACAGAGACAGGCUCAAGAAGUUCCAGGAGAACGAGAAGAGAAGAUACAGAGCGGAGCAGCAGAGGUUGGCCACCAAACAUGCUAAAGCUAAGGAGGAAUUGAAAGCCGCUGGAGAGGCCCUCCUCCGCGAGCUGGAGCAGUACCAGAAUGAGAAGCGCAAGGCGCUGAUGAACCACGAGAGCAGCAAGAUGAAGGCCGUCGAGGAGAGAUACGCUCUCGAGCUCAAGGAGUGGCGCGCCACGCUCGGCGACAGGAAGACGAGCCUCAUUAGAAGCUUCGAGAAGCAACUCGACGAUCACGAGAAGAAGUACGGAAAGACCAUACCUGACAGAUCUUUGUACCUCGAAGCACCCUGGCCGAGGAAUGUACUCCAACAUGUUCUCAGCGCUUAUCAACAAAGAACAUCCUUCAUAGGUUCCCUAUCUAGAUCUAGGACAAGUCUCAAUUUAGCACUGUCCACUUCAAAUACACCUAAUAUGGAUAGAAGGCGUUCAGUCAGUCCAAAUAAUGAUUAUAGAACAUCUAAAUCAGCAGCCUCCAGUAUAACUAGUACUUCAAAACGUGGGAAACUUAUCAAAGCUCAAAGAUAUAGUUCAACAUCUAAUUUGAAAUUAGUGUCAGAGAAGAUAUCAGGUUUUUCAGUGUUUCGUGGUUCUGAUGAUAUUCGACGGGAACCUAUCAUGGCAUACGAUAUGAUGGAGAAUAAAAAAAUAGAAGAGGAACCGAGAAAGAGUCUGGAAAGAUCGAAACCGGUGCAUAAAAUGCCGAUUUCUGUACGUAAUAUGAGUCCGGCUCGAGUCAAAGCGAAGUUGAAUAGACAGAGUAUGAGUGAACAUGCAUUAUUAGAAAAGAACGAGGAUGUGUUAAAGAGAAGUUUCUCACAGCAAAAUUUGAAACAGGAUAUUUCUAUGGAGGCGGUUGUUAUCGAUAUGCCAUCGAUAUCGAAGUACGACACUUUUAAAAGUGCCAGCACUAUCGAUAGUAUCGAUAUCGAUAAGGAUAGUGAUGCGACACAUUUUAGUAGAUGGGGCCCGGUUAGGGGAUCUAAUAGUUACUCGAAUCAAGGUGACAUCCCUGUCAGUCAGCUUUCCACUAUGAAUUUUAAGGCGGCUCUGGGCACAGACAAGAACGGACCUCCUGACUCUAUGGCUUAAUUCCACAAUUAUUUUUAAUAAAUUUAACAAGCAUGCUUGUACUUCCAACCAACACGCUUACCAAACACUUCCGUUUUUUUUUCGUUUAAAUUGAAUUGUAUUGUUUAUACUGACAGCUGUCAAAAUCGUAUUGACAGCUGUCAGAUUCAAUUUACUAGCAGUUAAACUUUUUAUAAAUUGGAAGAUAUGUGAAUGAUAACCCAAAUAUAAAUCAAUCGGCUUCCUUAAAGAAGUGCUUUGCCAAAGAUGGCUUCCUCUAAUCAAAUGUUCCUUCCAUCUUAUAUCGGCCAAUAUUUUAAAUUAAGGUUUAUAGAAUUUAUAUUUAGACCAAAUUUUCGUAUAAUAAA